UAGGAAGCCGAAGCAGCAAUGGAUGGGGACGGUGGAGUGCACGACGGCAUAUGGAGCGCUAGGUGCAGCGUCAGCUCGUCGUCGGGCUCUCUGCUGGACGCCGCCGACGACUGGGACGAGCAGAGCCUGGCCGCCGACGAGGACAAGGUGUUCGUGGCCGUCGAAGCGGACGUCGAGCACGGCAGGAGCACCUUCCUCUGGGCGCUGCAGAACCUGGCGGCGCGCGGGUCCAAGAUCGUGGUAGCUCAUGUCCACAGCUCUGCACAAGAAAUCAGUAAAAUUCAUUGUACCAGCAUGAAGCCUGAAGAGAUCAGCGAGUACCUGAAGUUGGCGCGGGAAGAGGCGGAGAAGAACCUAGAUGAGUAUGCUCUGAUAGCGAAAAGCACAGGAAAAGAUAUGGAGAUUGCUUGUGAGAAAGUAAUAAUUGUCAUGGACGACAUCGCAAAAGGACUCGAGGAACUUAUUACCCUUCAUGGCAUCACCAGGCUUGUCAUGGGAGCAGCUGCAGAUCAAUACUACUCAGAGGAGAUGAAAGAACCAAAUUCCAAGAUAGCCCUCAAGCUGAUGGAGACCGCAUCCCCAUCAUGCAAGAUAUGGUUUACCUGCAACGCCCAUCUGAUAUGUACCAGGGAACCCAAUGAAAAUCUUCUUGCAAUAUAUGUGCCACCUGCACAAACAAACACAAAACCAUUGUCAGUGUGCAGCAUUUCAAGCCAAAUGAGUUCAAUAGAGCUGGAGAAUGAAGCACCAAGCUCAGAAGAAUACACUUUAAGAUCAUUGGUUCAAUCAACAAUGAGCGAAUGGGACUACAUUUUUGGGGAUUGGGGAAGAAUCGGGUAUGGCUCAUUUAGGACUGAUGAUCCAAUAAGUAUCUCUGAAGCCACAACUCUAGCGGUGAUUGUUGAUGGUACAAACAAACAAAGCUCAGUGAUGCAUUCUCCUCAGGAAUCUGACAGUGUCAAUUUCUUAUUGCCAGUUUGUGAUCCCGAACAAGAAGAAGAAGAACAAAAUUUAUAUGAUGACAUGCGUGGUAAGCUUAAAGAGGCAUGCACUCGAGCUGAACUACUCAAGGAAGAAGUUCACAGCGAAUCUAGCAAGCGCCGCAAAGCCGAAAUGGACCUACUUAUAGCUCUUCAAAGAGUUAAGGAGUCAGAAAAAUUAUAUCUACAAGAGGGGAACCAACGGAAAGAAACUGAGAAGACACUUGCAAGACAGAGGCUGGAGAUUGAUGAAAUAAAAAGACGACACAAUGCAUUAUAUGAUGAACUACAGGAUACAAAGAAGCAGAAGCUUGUGCUGGAGCAACAUAUAUCUGAGAUUAAAUCUGCUGCAACAGAUUAUGUACAAAAGAUUACUGAAUAUUUUAUACAAGAAUCAUGUGAGGAAGCCAAGAAACGCCAAAAGAUCAAGAUGGAUCUGCUUGCGGUGCUUCAAAGAGUUAAAGAUGUGGAGAAUUUAAACAGAAAUGAAAAGAUGCAGCGGAAAGAUAUGGAGGAAAAGAUUGCAAGACAGAGGAUGGAGAUUGAAGAAACAAAAAGGCAGCGAGAUGAAUUGUACCAUGAGUUAAAAGAUGUAAAGGAACAGAAGUUCAGUCUGGAACAAGUUGAUGCAUCUGAAGAAACUAGGAGGAGGAGAAAAGCUGAGAGCGAUAUGCUCUCCGCUCUUCAGAGGGUUCAUGGCCUGGAGCAUCAGUAUCUGCAUGAGUUGAAAAAGCGGGAAGCACUGGACGAGACACUUGCACGGCAGAGGGAGGAAAUUCAAGAAACAAAAAGAGAGCUGAAUAAGAUAAAUGGCAUACAUAUGACAGAGAUAAAAUCCAUCCGAAAAGUUCAUGAAGAAAAGCUUGCAGAAAGCAAGCGCUUUAUCCAAGAAAUCCAAGCAAAAUAUGACAAACUACUACAUGAGAGAGACACUGCCAUAGCAGAAUCUGAAAAAUUGCGCCAAAUGAACAGGAAUGGAGCUUCCAUCACAGCAACCACCCAGAUACCCGACUUCUCUUUUUUUGAGCUGCGGCAAGCAACCCAAGACUUUGAUACUGCACUCAAGAUUGGCACAGGCAGAUUUAUGAGCGUCUACAAAGGGUUCCUACGGAAUACAGCUGUCACUGUAACGUUGCUUCAUCAUCAGGGCCUGCAAGGACAGUCAGAGUUCCAUCAAGAGGUUGCUGUUCUUAGUAGACUGAGGCAUCCUAACCUCAUGACACUAAUAGGUGCAUGUCCAGAAGCUUUUGGCAUGGUGUAUGAAUUUCUACCAAAUGGGAGCCUCGAGGAUCAACUGUCGUGCGAGAAAAACACACCACCACUGACUUGGAAGGCGCGUACUAGGAUCAUCGGGGAGAUAUGUUCAGCCCUGACCUUCAUCCACUCACACAAGCCUCACCCAGUUGUUCAUGGUAACCUAAACCCCAUGAACAUUCUUCUUGAUGCCAACUUUGUAAGCAAGUUGCACAUCUGCCAGAUUCUAAGAAAAUACAACACCGGAAACAACACUUAUGGAACAUCUUCCUACAUUGACCCUGAGUUCUUGUCCACCGGGGAACUUGCCCCACGCUGUGAUGUAUACUCCUUUGGCAUUAUCAUUCUACGUCUACUGACGGGACAACCACCAGAAAACAUCACGACAAUGGUAGAAGAUGCUAUGGAGAAGAGCCAGUUGCAUUCAAUCAUGGACACCUCCGCAGGAAGCUGGCCCUUCGUGCAGGCCAACCAGCUUGCACAUCUUGGACUGAGAUGCGCCAAUUUGAGUGGAAGGCACCGGCCGGAUCUCACAGGGGAGGUGUGGGGGGUGAUCAAGCCUCUGCUGAAGGCUGCCUACCAGAAUCAUGGAUGCAAGCAUACAUUUGAAGCUCUGUCAGAUGAGACACACAUGCCAUCCUACUUUAUCUGUCCGAUCUUACAGGAGGUGAUGACUGAUCCUCACAUCGCAGCAGACGGGUACACGUACGAAGCCGAUGCCAUCAGAGAGUGGCUCGACGGCGGGAAUGCCAGGUCGCCGAUGACGAACCUGAGGCUCGAACACCGCGAACUCACACCCAACAGAGUGCUCCGCUCGGCGAUCCUCGAGUGGAGACAUCAGCAGCAGCAGCACAAGAGAUGACAUCGCUCUAUUCCUCAAUGCUCUCACCUGUAAUUCUGUAAAUAGUUGGCGAUUCCUGGUGUUUUCUAGAACAUGGCGGCAAGCUUGUGCAGAAGUGUGCCCUACCAAAUCACCAUCCCUCGGCGUGCC